GGGCAGAUCAGGAUAUGGGGCGUAAGCGGGUCUCGGCGACACCUCUCGCCUGAGAACGAGCCGCUCGAUCUGGGCAGCAGGCGAAUCCUCCCCCGCUGCUCGUCGCGCUCCGGACCUCCAGCGAGGAGUGGAGUGGGGCGGGAUGGGGAGGGGCGGCCUUGUGGAUAUAAAAAACGGGCGUUUUAGCGCAUCAUAUCUUAACGGUGUCAGUGUAUUUAUUGCCCUGCACCCAGGACGGUCGCCUGUCUGUUUUCUCCAUUGUGUGCUGGCUGGAGCCUGAAGUGGGCGUCGCUCCAGGACAGGCUGGGCUGCUCCGGUGCGGCGCUGCCCGCUUUUCUCUUGCAGGACUGCAGCACUGUCGUGUCGUUUUGUAGGUCGAAUGGUGCCUCGGUGAAAGGAUAGUGGCUCUGCUCAGACAUUUCCUUUGGUUUUGAGCGUAAAAGAAAUGGCCACAGAGUACUGCGGGUGUUUCACCGUGGGCUUAUCGGGCGCUGCCGAGCCUUUCAGAUGGCACGGGGGUGCAAAUCUGCAUACGAAAGCUUUAACAAUCAUAUUUCUUAUGCCUCAGAAAAACAGACACCAUUCUUCAAAUGAGGUUGAGAAAGAUUGAUUAUUUCUUUUCCUUUGGACUGCAUGUCCAGCUGUAGUCUUUUUAGAUCAUUUUCUACUAGUCGGAUGUGUUUCAUCAUCAGGGGUUCCUUAAACACUUUGAACUCAGCAUACGGGAAUGUUUAAAAGGCAACCUCAGAGGUGGUUCAACACGGCUGACAUCACUGCAUCUCACCAGAACAACCUUUUGAAGCAGCUAAACGAGCAGCGCCGGCAGGAGCUGUUUUGUGACUGCAGUGUGUUGGUUGAGGGCCAGCUCUUUAGGGCUCACCGGAACGUCUUGUUUGCCAGCAGCGGCUACUUCCGGAUGCUGCUGUCCCAGGGGCCAGACGGGCUGCCAGAAACUGUCAACGCAACCUUCGACGUCUUCAGCCCAGAGACUUUCACCGUCAUCCUGGAUUUUAUCUACUCCGGGCAGCUGGAUCUGUCCAGUCACAAUGUGAUCGAGGUCAUGUCAGCAGCCAGCUACUUGCAGAUGAACAGUGUCAUCACAUACUGCAAAAACUUCAUCAAAUCUUCCCUGGACAUUAGUGUAAAGGACGAAGACAGUGACCGCUGCCAUAGCCUGUCUGAGACCUGUUCUUUCACCAGCGGAGCAGGAGAAGAGUCUACAGAGCAUCCGCAGCAAGGCCCCCGCUCCGUCAGCCCACCACCUGCACUUUGGACCCGGGACAAUUCCAGGUCCCAGUCCAGUUUUAUGGGGAAGGAGCCGGAGCAGGAAGGUGUAGUCUCAGCGAUUAAGACUGACCCAAGUAGCCCUGCUAAUGAGCUCAGUGCAGAGACAGAUGACCUGCAUGACCCUCAGGACCCUCUGUACACACUGCCAGGAUCAGAGCGCCGACGUGGGAAAGCAGGGACCAAAAGGAGAGCUCCCAACAGUAUUCGUUCUGGCCAGCAUGAAGACCUGGAUAUUCAAGAGGCGAGAACCCUAAAGGCUGAGAAAGCAGAGGAGCUUUACGCCACACUACCUCCAAUUGUUGGUGUUAUUGGCCACUUUAAUAAAGAUUCCAACCCUGUUAUGCGCUUUAAAUGCCCAUUUUGCACACACACUGUGAAGAGGAAGGCAGACCUGAAGCGUCACCUGCGCUGUCACACCGGAGAGAGACCGUACCCAUGUCAGGCCUGCAAUAAGCGCUUCACCCGCCUGGAGCACCUACGUAGCCACUUUGAGACAAUUCAUCAAGCCAGGAAACUGGUGUGCAGGAAGUGCAAAUGUCAGGUGACAGAGGAAACUGGGCAUGUGGUGUGUGAGGGCACACGCCGCUACCGCAUCUGCACCACCUGUAUCCAGGAGGUGGGCUGUGAUGACAUACCCAUGGACGGUCUGCAGACGCCCAACGAGGAGCCAGCGCUGUUAUUAGGUGUGGACGGUGAGGAGGAGGGCGACACUAAGAGAAACUGGAUGGUGAAUGAUGAAGAUGAUCUCGCUGAAGACUCGGGUGCAGAUCUCAUCAUCCAGCAAGUGGAUGACAGCGAUGAGGAGGUGCAGUGAAGAAGGACCAAACUAUGUGCAGAUAUAUUGACAGUUUGCAUCUCUGUGUUAAAGCAAUGCAAAAAAUAAUAAUAAUAAUAGUAAUAAAAUAAAAUUGUAGCCUGGAGAUGUAAGUUUGUUGGGUGUAUCCAACACAGGAAUCAUUCAUUUUGAACCUGUGGGGAAAACAAAAACUGCUUUUUGUAAAUUUUGCUAAAGUUAUGCAGUAUCCAAAGCAUGCAUUUUUAUUUUUAUUGUUUUGGUUGAGUUGUUGUGUUACAAUGAUUUUAAUAAGUGUUUCUUCAUUUGAAUGCAUGAAAAGACACUAUGUCUUUGCAGAGAUUUGGGACUUUUUAUUAGCAAUGACCCCAAAAUGUUGAUCCAGACUAAAUGGCAGCUUUUAAGGAUUUUUCAAGUUUAAGAAGACAUAAUUUUGUUUUGUGUUUGUCUGAAAGCAAUUUGAUUUCCCUUUUAUUAUAUGCACUAUAAUAUAAUCAAUUA